CGAGUUCACAACCACCUGUCCCUCACACGAGCAGAAACAAACUUUCCUCUCAUCUGAAGAGAUCCAACGUGGCCGAGGCCCGAGGCCCGAGGCCGGAAGCGGAAGUGACGUCACGCCACAAGCCUCCUUUUCUCACUGGGCUCGCCCGGUACUUGUUCCGUCGGUGGUUGCGGGCCAGGACGCGGCUCUGAAGGAAUAGAAUUUUCGCCAUUGGAGUCAUAGUGAUUUAGACACUGCAUUUUCCAUCUUCGCGAUUCAGGCCUCUUCAGCGGAGGAUUUGUUGAAAGGACUUCUAGAUCUUUAAGGAACAGGAUAUUUUCUGUGUACUUUCCUGCUCUGCUCAGGUCUGCCACAAGAAUAGGACUUUUAAAAUAUUUGCUGAAAAUUGAAGAAUAAACCAGACCCGAAAUAAACAUCUAGUACCUACAGUAAACAAAAUUGAAAGAGGACUCCAUAUAAACCUGUAUAAAGAGGAAUGGAGAUUGCCUCUUAGAUUCAUAAGCUGUCCUGCAGUGAUCUUGGCAUCAGGGAAGGGAGUGUUCAGGCACAUUUCACCAUCAGCAUCACAGGAUGGCAACCAUUGAUUUGUCCUAUGGCUUUCUUUCUAAGGAGCCAAUCUGCUUUUAUGAAGAAAACAAAAAGGUAGAAGGGACGGUGGCCAACUGCCAGGCAAGUUAUCAGGAUUCAGUGACCUUUGAUGAUGUGGCUGUGGAGUUCACCCCAGAUGAGUGGACUUUACUGGACCUAACUCAGAGAAACCUAUACAGAGAGGUGAUGCUGGAGAACUACGAGAACUUGACCUCAGUUGGAUAUCAGUUCUUCAUGCCUAGUCUGAUCCCUUGGUUAAACCAAGAAGAGUUGGGGACAGUGGCAAGUGCAAUUCCUCAAGAAUUGGAACUACAACCUAGAAACAACAAGGUAGAACUUCAAGAUUAUUUUAGUAUGCAAAAUUCCAGUGAAAUACAAAUGGCAGGAAGCCACAGUGAAGGGGACCUGUGUGAUGCUAAGCCAUGUGAAAAAGUGUUGGGUGAACAAUCAUGCCUUAACCCAGAGAUGAGGAUCCAAAGUCAAGGAUACACUUCUGAGUGUAAUUGGUACGGAAAAGACAUUCUUACUUUGCUUAAGGAAACCUCUACUGGACAGAACCUUUCUGAGCUUAAUCAUAGUGGAAAAAUCUUCAGUCUGACUCCAAACAUCAUGUACCAGAGCACUAGCACAAGGGAGAAGCCCUUUGAAUGCACAGACUGUGAGACAGCCUUUUUUAAUCAGUCAUACCUUCAGGCAGAUAUGAGGCCUCAUAAUGGAGGAGAACCCUAUGAAUGGAAUAAAUACGGGAAUGGAUUUAUUCAUUCCACAAGCCUUGCUAUGCAUCUUCCAAUUCUCAAUGCAAGAAACCCUUACAAAUUUGAGGAAUGUGGAAAGGACUUUCAGUAUUUUGCAUGCCUUAAUAAUCCCAUAGGAAUGUGCACUGGAGAAAAAUUCUGUGAAUGCAAGGAAUGUUGGAAAACCUUCACAGUUUCCUCACAUCUAACUCAGUAUGUAUCAAUUCAUACUGAGGAAAAAUCAAAAGUAUGUAAAAUAUGUGGGAAGUCCUUUGCUAAUUAUUCUCGACUUUCUGCACAUAUAAAAACUCAUAAUGAAGAAAAGCCCUUUGUAUGUAAGGAAUGUGGAAAGGCCUUUAAAAAUGUCUCAUACCUUAAUGAUCAUGUUAGAAUUCACACUGGAAUAAAAUCAUACAAAUGUAUGGAAUGUGGGAAAGCCUUCCUUCGGUGGUCAGGCCUUACUGAACACAUAAGAGUUCACACUGGAGAAAAGCCUUACGAAUGUAAGGAAUGUGGAAAAACCUUUUCUAGAUCUACUCAGCUUACUGAACAUGUAAGAACACACACUGGAAUCAAACCUUAUGAAUGCAAGGAAUGUGGGAAAGCUUUCACUCAGUAUUCAGGCCUUGCUACACAUGUACGAAUUCAUAGUGGAGAGAAGCCCUUUGAAUGUAAGGAAUGUGGGAAGGCCUUUACCAGGACCUCUGGCCUGAUUCAUCAUGUAAGAACUCACACAGGAGAAAAGCCUUUUGAAUGUGUUCAUUGUGGGAAAUCCUUCAUUACUUCCUCCCAUCGCACUAAGCAUCUGAAAAUUCAUAGUGGAGAAAAGCCCUUUGUAUGUAAUAUAUGUGGGAAAGCAUUUAUAUAUUCUACAUCCCUUAACAUUCACAUGCGAACCCAUACUGGAGAGAAGCCCUAUAUAUGUAAGGAAUGUGGGAAAGCCUUUGCUGUUUACUCACGCUUAAGGAAACAUACAAGAGUUCACACUGAGAAGCCCUAUCAGUGUAAGGGUAUGGGUGUUGCUAUUUAGCCCAUCUGUUGCUAUCUCUGAACAUUGACAGUGACACCAAAGAUCAUCAAGUUAGUCUUAAUGGCCUCAUGUGGGUUGUGAUAGCUCAUACUGGCCUUAGAGACCAUCUUGAUUGUAUGAAAUACUAUAUAUAGGUGCCCCCUAGAACUUACUUUCUUUAGGGCAUUGUUGGGUAUUGAACACAGGGCCUCACACAUGCUCAGUAAAUACUCAGUCACUGAGCUACGUCUCUGAAAAACCCAUUCAUGAGUACCUGAGUCUGAGCACUUGUAAGUCAUGAGGUCAGUACUGCAAGUUGGUCUGAUCCUUGUUCUUGACUUAAUGAUUACAGCACUUCUAAACCCUAUGAGAUAAAUUAAGCAGAUUUGGCCCUAGCCCUUGUUGAUUAGUGGUCACCAGUAUGGUCCAUUAGUGUGAAUAUACAUUAGAAACCAAGAUGAUGCAGGAUAUGGGUGGGUUGUUAAAAGAUAGUUCUUUAGGCACCUCCUGAGCCCAUAUGCUGUUGAGCAUACCAAGAAUAGUCCCUACCUGUUCUUAGUAGCUAGUUCACCUGCAGGUUAUUAUCCCCAUGACCCUUUAUAAAAUUCCUGAAAUCUGAUAUGUCCUACCAUCUGGGUCCAUUUUAGGCUUAAGUAGUAAUGUCUCUGCAAAUAAUUCAGUCUCUCUUCCUCACUUUGGAAUGGAUCUGAGGAAUGAACUGAGGCUCUUAAUACAUUUAGGCAUGGUCUCUACCACUCACUGAACUACAUCCCCAGCCUUUAGUACUUUCUUCAGUACAAAUUUAUCUUUUUGUCCAAUAUAGAUCGGUUGAGAAGCUUUCAGAUUUUAAAAUUCUAGCUCUUCUUUUAAGAACUCUAAUUCAGAUCCCUUUUGCAUUUUAGUAAAAGUAGUCAGGAGGAAACAGUUUGUUCCUUUUGCACUUUAAUUAAAUGCUUAGGAAUUUCUGUGUUUCACUUCCAAGUUCUACCUAUCACAAAAUGCCAGGCUAUCACUACAUAUCAGUGGUUAUCUUUUCUUAAUUUCCUAAUGUUUCUAAUUCCCAAGUGAUAACUCAUCACAGAAGCCUCUCACUUUACUUAGUUUCAAAGCUGCUUGUACAUUUUUAGGUAUGUUUCACUCUUACAUCUCAGUACCACAGUCUAUGUAUGGUAUUCAGCUUAGAUAUCAUUAAAUACCAUAGGCCAAAUUGCUUAAAAUUUCACUUUUGGGUUAGAGAGAUGGCUCAGCAGUAAGUCACUUGUUUGCAAAGCCUGCUGGUCAAGAUAUGUUUCCUCAGUACCUUUUAUUAUGUAAAGCGUGACGCACAAAAUGGCUCAUGCAUCUGGAUUUCAUUUGUAGUGGCAAGAGGCCCCUGGAAUGCCCAUUCUCUCUCAUGAAUUGAAUGAAAAUAUUUUUUAAAAAUCAAAAUAGGGCUGGGCA